AUGAAUAACUAUAUUCGAGGUAUUGUUUUGGGCUGGCUAGCCAACACGGACUCAACACCUUGCACCUCUCUUCGUACCAUACUUCACUAUAUCGCCAAAUAUCAUACCAAAGCCGAGCAACAGACUCAGGUAUAUAAAGAGAUACUGUCUGGGUUAAUUCAAAGGGUUAAUAUCGCUCGCCCCAUGGUUUCUUUGGUCGCGAAGAUAAUAAACAAGCAGGGCGCAUGCUGCUGA